AUGCGCCGAUCCCCCGCCGCCCCCCCUGCCCCGCACCGCUCCCGCCGGCAGCUCCGAGGCCGCGGCGGCACCGGGAGCUCGGGCGAAGGCUGCGGACCCCACGGGGGCCGCGCGGCCGCGGGUCGGGCGGGAGGGCGCCGGCGCCCGCCACAAAGCGCCGCGGGGACCGGGCGGGACGGAGGGGGAGGGGGCGCCAGCAGCGCCGUCCCGCACGGCCCGCGGCCUACUGAGAGCCGGGGGCGCCUCGGCUCCGGGGCGCUGCGUGCGGCCCGCGGUCCCCCCGCGAAGGCGCGGCCGCGCCGGUGCCUCCCCGCGCCCCCACCCCCUCACCUGCGGGCAGAGCGGGACGGGAGCGGAGGCGCCGCUUCACCACAGAGCCCGGCGGACGAGAAGCGCCUCACGCAGCGGCGUGCUCUGCCGCCGGCUACAUAUAUCCGGCGCGCAGCCUACCCCGGCGGGCGCGGCCCAGCCAGUCAGAGAGCGGCGCUCGCCCUCAUUCGGAUGCCGGUUGGCUCACAGCCGGGAGGAGGCGGGCGGAGAGCUGAGGGGCAGCUCAGCCAGCCAACCACGCCGCAGCGCUCCGCGGGGCCGUGA